GUCAGAAGUCAGUCAAGCAAGUCAGUGAAUGCACUCAAAACAAAAAGUAAAUAUUUUUGUAUCUUGUAUGACGCGCGCAGCUUUCUACGUGUACAUGUAUUGUUGAUUCCUGUAUACCUACUACGAGUAUUAUACUGCCCGAUUUCAUAAUUACUAGGCCGCCAGAACCUCGAAAUCGUAGAAGGAGCCGAAUAUAUUCACCAGAUGGAGCUAGUCAGCCAGAAAAAAGUGAUAUUAAAUAAUGGUGUCGAAAUGCCACUUGUUGGAUUUGGUACUUUUCGAAUACGGUCUGCGGACGUCAUACGGAGUGUUGUUGAGAGUGCUCUUGCUGCUGGUUACAGACUUUUUGACACUGCUACAGUAUAUGGCAAUGAGAAACACCUAGGGGAUGCUCUCCGGUUGCUGCUACCAAAAUUUGCUUUGACACGCCAAGAUAUUUUUAUAACUACCAAGCUAUCACCAAGAGAUGCUCACACUAAAGACAUUAUAAAGGAAGCUUGCCGUAAGUCACUAGCCAGUUUAGGAUUUGAAACAAUUGACUUGUAUUUGAUUCACUUUCCGGGCAUGGCGAAUUUGAGUUCAGCUGAUACUCAGAAUAUAAAAUUACGCUCUCAAGCCUGGGAAGCUCUGGUCGAAUGCUACAACGAAGGACUAGUUAGAUCCAUAGGUGUCUCAAAUUAUACUAUUAGACAUCUCCAGGAAUUACAAGUCUGUAAUUUUGGAGUGGUCCCUGCCGUAAAUCAGGUCGAGUGUCACCCAUACUUUCCACAAAAAGAUCUGCUACAAUAUUGCCAUGGAACUGGCAUCGCGCUACAAGCUUAUUGCUCGCUUGGAGGCACCUCCUCAGGUACAGCUACACUACUCCAUGAUCCUGUGGUUAUCAAUGCUGCCCAAAAACUAGGCGUCAGUAGCGGGCAACUCCUGUUAGCCUGGGCUACGCAGCAAGGAAUAAGCGUCAUUCCAAAAUCAACUCACGCGGAACGCAUCAAAGAGAAUAUAUCUCUUAAUUUUAAAAUACCCGAUGAAUAUAUUAAAGCCUUAGAUAAACUUGGGGCCAAUAACACAAAAUAUGCUUGGGAUCCAUCAACUGUUGCUUAACUUAACAAUCAACAAAUCGCUAGAUCUUAAUGCCAGCCGCUUAUCUACAUAUUACGAUUUACAGACAACUUGACUAUGAUGUUACAGUCAUAAUAAUAGUUGUAGUUGUAUGCGCUGUUUACUUAAAAGGAGGUAUUCUUUUACGCUCUCCGUCCUCAUCUUACCGCUUUUCCGAUUUAUGGCUUCUUAGAUUAUGUUGUGGGUUCCACAUAACUCGGCCACGACAACGAAAAAAUAAAGUAUUGAUAUUCGAAUGUUUUGAAUGUGAAAUAAACAUAGGCACCAAAUAUAAUGACCACCAAAAAAUACUCUGGUACCCUAAAUAAAGAAAUCGCUUUCACCAAAAAAAAUACUAAACACCAAAAAAAUAAGGUCUAAAAUUACAAAACUACCACCUGUUUAAAUCACGACUGCACCUCAAAUUGUAUUUAAACACCAAAAAUCAUGAAUGCUCGCCAAAUAUAAUUAAUGAUCACCAAAUCUUGAAGAGCAAAUUAAUGCGAUAUUUUCACUUAAAUAAACCACUAUGAUUACCAAAACAUGUAUAUAGGUAUAUAUUACCAAAUAAAGUAAAAUGAUGCCAAAAUUACUAGCCCCUCCCGCUCAAUCCCCCGUAUACCGCAUCGCACGCGCCGCGCUCGCUUGACCCAAUCCUCAAUUCAGUCACGCGCCACGCUUACAGAAAAGAAAUGCUACUAGAGAAGUGGGUAAGGUUAGGCUAGAACUGCGAUCGUCACAGAAACGAAAUGCUACCAGAUAAGUGGGUUAGGUUAGGUUAGAACUGCGACCCUUACAGAAACGAAAUGCUACUAUAAAAGUGGGUUAGGUAAGGUUAGAACUGCGAUCCUCACAGAACCGAACUGCUAUCAGAUAAGUGGGUUAGGUUAGGUUAGAACUGGGAUCCUCACAGAAUCGAACUGCUACCAGAUAAAUGGAUUAGGUUAGAACUGUGACCCUUACAGAAACGAAGUGCUACAAGAAAAGUGGGUUAGGUUAGGUUAGAACUGCGACCCUUACAGAAACGAAAUGCUACUAGAAAAAAGUGACGAAGUGGAUUAAUUAAUUUAAUGGAAUAACAAGAUGAUAAAUAUUUGCACAUUUUUAACCGACUUCAAGUAAUUUGCUUUAAUAGGAUAGCAAAAUUAAAAAAAUUGGUUAUAAUUUCACAUUAAAAUGGAAGUCUAAUUUUGGUAAUCAUUUACUAUUUUUGGGUUUACAAUGAUUAGUUUGGAGUCAUUUGCUUUAAUAGGAUAACAAGAUUAAAAAAAUUGGUUAUAAUUUCACAUUAAAAUGGAGUUCUAAGUUUGGUGAUCGUUUACAAUUUUUGGGUUAAAAAUGAUUAUUUUCGUGUUAUUUGUUUUAAAAGGAUAAAAAUAUGGUACAAAUUUGGGAAUCAUUUCUCAUUAAAUAGGAGUUCUUAUUUUGGUGAUCAUUCAUUAUUUUUGGUGGUAAAACGAAUUUUUUGGUGUUAAAUUUUACUAAAUCUGGGGAUCUGUUAAAUACAUGCUAUAAACAUAUAAGGGUAGAAGUAAUAUUAUGACAUUUAAGUCAAUAACAAGUCAAUCGUUGUCCAUAUUUUCGUCAUUGUCUGUGCUGCCUGUGGAAGCAAUCAAAAACAUAAAAUAAGUGGUUACGAAUAUUAAAAAUUUGACUAAAUUAUACUCAAAGUAGAGGCAAGUCAACUUUAAAUCUUGACGCGUUAGUUUAAUUGCAAUUAUAAAAUAAGGCGAAAGAAAAUCAGGUACGUAACAUGUGAUUGAAAAUUGCGUGUCGUUGAGUAACGCAAGUUAGGCAAAAAAAAUAUUUUUUUUUUACUUUCUACUGCUAUUUUGGACAAGUAAAAUUAUAUUUAACUAUUUAUGUUGCCAUUCUCGACUUUAUUUCUCAGCAAAAGUAUUAUUUUUACGUAAUACAUGACUUGAGAUCCUUGCAAAGCGAGUUACGCUGACUCGAGUUACUGCAACUGUAUGUAUUUAAUAGCCGCAAUGUCUCUAUCAGCGGCCGAAAGGACAAAAAGACGAAGACAGAAGCUGAAAGAUGAAGGGAAGUACGAGGAAUAUAAGGAAAAACAUAGGCGUACCUGCCAAAAAACAUAGGCGUACCUGCCAAAAAAGCAUAGGCGUACCUGCCAAAAAAACGGGCGUAAAAAGAAGAAGUUGCUAGAUGAGUAUCCUCGAAAAAAAGUUCAAUUGAUACAGGAAGAAAGAGAGAAAACUAGAAAAAAAGUUCAAAAACACAUCAAAAAAAAAAAAACAUAUUAUAUAUGCCACCGAAACGGACUGUGAAGAUGGCAAUAUCACACUUGCUCAAUUAAAAAAAUAGCCUUUAUACUAUAUAGUAUACCUAAUUCCAUGCAUAAUUUUUAAAAAUGAUUUAUUUGUUUCCUAGGAAUAAUAUAAAUUAUCAAUAAUAUUCUGGCAAGUCGCAAGUAACGCAAGUUGGAAUCGACGUACCGCGAGUUUAUAGUUUAAUUCUUUUCUAUUUCUAAUAUUUUAUAGUUUAAUUCAAUAAAUGUAUAUCUUUCAUUUAAUUUGGUUAAAUAUUAAAGAAGUUUGACUAUUUA